GAUCGGUAUGGGAGUCGCAGAAGAUUUUGCCCCAUGUUUUAUUAAAAAACCACAACUGAGACAAGAGGACGAUGGAAAUCGCCUGAUUUUUGAAUGCCAGUUGCAAUCAUCACCUGCGCCGAAUAUAGAGUGGUACAGAAGUGAUACCCUCGUAGUGGAAAAUGACAGAACAAAAUUAAAAAUAAUUCCAAUAGAAGGGAACAAAUAUACAGUAUUAUUGGAAAUUGAUGAUGUAUUAGAUACUGAUGCUGGUCUUUAUAAAGUGAGGGCCAAAAACACUUCCGGAGAAGUGUCCGCUUCUAUAAAUCUAAAUUUUUCUCAAGGGAAUAUUUCCUUCUCGCAUGUAUUGGGACAAAUCGAUGGAUUCGCACCCACUUUUGCGAAGAAACCCUCAAUCAGACAGGAAGAUGAGGGGAAACGACUUCUAUUCGAGUGUACUGUUAACUCAGAUCCGCAGCCAGUAAUUACAUGGUUCCACAAUGACAAAGUUGUAAAGGAAUCACCACGACAUAAGCUUAGCGUAAAAAGAGAUGGCCAUUCCUACUUCGCCACUCUUGAACUAAAAAAUGUAACGGUAGAAGAUGCAGGCAAAUAUAAAGUUAAUGGUAAAAAUGAUCUUGGCGAAAGUAAUGCUACCAUUAGCUUAAAUUUUGACAGCGACGAAGCUCCAGUACCCGAUGAUGGUAUAAAACCCACAUUCACCGAAAGACCGUUAAUACGACAGACUGAAGAUGGAAAUGUUGUGUUUCAGUGUAGAUGCGUUGGGGAUCCCAAGCCAACAGUUACGUGGUAUCACGGCAAGGAACAAAUAAUGAAUGGUGGACGAUAUAAAAUAUCUCUGGUAUUGGAUCAACAAUUGUACCACAUGGCAAAUAUGGAAAUAACGAAUGUCGUCCCAAGCGAUCAAGGUGAAUAUCAUGUAACAGCGAAAAAUAUUCACGGAGAGGGAACCACUACGCUAAAUUUAAAUUUUGAAGGAUCUUCAAAGAAAAUAUCGGACGCAAAAUCACCAAGAUUUCCAAAAAAGCCGACAAUACGACAGGAAAAAGAUGUUUUAAUUAUGGAGUGUAUAUUAGAAGCCUAUCCAACACCAGAAAUUUCAUGGUUCCGUGGGGAUAAGCGAAUUGAAAAUUCUGCACGGGUUAAAAUGGAAUGUAAAAGCUGUGGAAAAGAUUUGUUUGUUUUAACCAUGGAAAUACAGAAUCCAACAACGGAAGAUGGUGGCAAUUAUCGUUGCAACGCUCUGAAUGAGCACGGCGAGAGUAAUGCUAAUAUUGCAUUGAAUUUUCAAGGCACAAAUGACGCAAACGGGUUUGCUCCUUCAUUUAUUGAGAAACCAAGAAUUAUUCCAAAUGAUUCCGGAACGCUCAUAACGAUGAAGUGCCGUUGCAAAGCCAAACCAGAACCUACAGUUACAUGGUACAGAGGCAAAGAUGUGGUGAACAAGUCAAAGAAAAUAGCAAUAAAAACAUCGCCUAUUGGUGAAGACUCUUAUGAGCUUACAUUGGAAAUUAAGGAUCCAGGGGCUGCAGACGGUGGUACAUACCGCUGUAACGUGAAAAACGAAUUUGGUGAAUCAAAUGCUAACCUCAAUUUAAAUAUUGAAGCAGAAGCUGAACCAGAUGGCGAAGGUCCAACUUUUGUAGAAAAGCCGCGAAUUAUUUCCGAAAAUAGUGGUAAACUAAUAAUAAUGGAAUGCAAGGUUAAAGCUGAUCCGAAACCAAAAAUUAUUUGGUACCGAAAUAACGAAGUUAUUAACGAAAAUAACAGAAUUAAAAUGUCAGUAGAGCAACGCGGAGACCAUUACUAUAUAAAACUUGAAAUGAUAGAUCCGCAAUUGGAAGAUUCUGGGCUUUACAAAUGUAAUAUUAAAAAUACCUUGGGCGAACUUAACGCAAACUUAACGUUAAAUAUUGAAAUCAUUCCCGUUAUUAAAGACAAACCUAAAAUUAUUAAGAUUAUAAAGAAACGAACCGUUGUAAUUGAAUGUACAGUUGCUUCGAAGUACGAACCUAAGUGCACAUGGUUUAAAGAAUCAAAUGUGGUGAGUGAAAGUAGCCGUCACGUUUACAAGGUUCAAAAAUCUAAAGAAGGAGAAUUUGCGGUACAAUUGGAAAUAAACGACGUGGACGAAACGGAUAAGGGAUCUUAUAAAUUGGUUGCAAGCAACGAAAAAGGAGAAGCCGUUUCGCAAAUAGUUCAAUUAACAGAUAUACCUGAGGCGGAACGCAAGCCCAAGAAACCAGAAAUCGAUAGAAAGCUAAAAGAUCAAAAAGUUGUUGAAAACAAAUCCUUCGACUUGACAAUAAAAUUAAAAGAGGCUGAUCGCAAUUGCAAAAUUGAGUGGUACAAGGGAAGCGUUUUAAUUCGAGAGACCAAGGAAAUAACUACAACGUUUGAUGGAACGACUGCCCGCCUAACAUUUAGUGCAGCACGAGUGGAGCACACAGCUUCAUACAGAGUAAUCGUUAGCAAUGAAAUUGGUAAGGACGAAAGCACGUGCAAGAUAGUGGUAGAAAAGAAGCAAGAUAAAUCUCAAAACGAAGAACUAGCUGAUGUUAAAAGAAAGGAGGAGGAAUUGACACAAAAUAAAGAAGAAAAGAUUGACGAUGAAAUUACAAAGGGUGCUGAUGCCGAAAAUAAAGACAAAAUAACAAAUAAAAAGACAAACGAAAACGAAAAAAAUAAAAUUGAGAAAAAAUCCGAAAACAUUCCUGAUAAGAAAGAGUUAUUCGAAAAAAUUGGUUUCAAAAAAACUGAACAAAAAACACUACAGCGAAAGAUUAUUGAUGAGCCUAAGCCUGCUGAAGAGUUUCCGAAAUUAAAGAAAACUCCUCAAGUGAAAGAAGAGCCUAAACAAGAACAAACUAAAGCUAAGACAAAGACUAAGCCUAAACCCAAAUCAAAGUAUGAAGAACUUCCAGAAAUUCCUGAUUAUGAACGUCCUCAGCUUGAAAAGUUUGAAAAACCAGAAUUUGAGGCGUCAGACUUUAGUCGGGAAACCAAUAUUCCUAGUAAGAUGGAGAAGCCAAUAUUGGAAUCUGCAAAGAAAACAAAAGAAAUAGCUGAUGCCCCAAAAUUGUCUAAGGAACAAAAACUAGAAGUAAAUACGGUGGAUUCCCAUAAGGGAUUCACUGCCGGUAAGGGUAAAUUAGAAGACGAUACAACACAGAAAGAUUCAGCUACCUUAAAACCCGUUAUUGUUGUUCCGGAGAAAUUGAAUCAAGAAACCGACACAAAUAAAGUCAAUGAGCCGGAGCCGCAGAAAGUAAAUAAAGUCCAACCACCAGCACCUGGAGAACCACCUAAAAUAGAAGUAAUUCGUGAAAAGAGGCCGUCGUUAGUACCAGAACCUGCAAGUAGAAGAGGAUCGUUGGUGCCACCAGAUACAGGUCGAAGACCUUCCCUGAUCAUUGAUGAGAAAAAACUUCGCCCGGGAGAAGUUAUGGAUACUAAGAGACGUCGCCCAUCUAUAGACGUUCGUCGUCCGAGCGUACAGGAUCUGGAAGAUCUAAUUAACAAACCAUCAACACCUUUGCAUGCAACUGGAGAUGGAGGCCCACCGCAAAUUGUGGAUGUACAAGAAUCGUAUUCUGUGGUGGAGGACUCGACAGCAUACAUGACAGUGGGUAUUGAAGGAAAUCCUGCUCCAACAUUUAAAUUUUACAAAGGUGUUAGUGAAAUUCUGGAGGGCGGCCGUUUCAAAUUUUUGACUGACGGGCAAACCAACACAAUUACACUUUGCAUGCGAAAAUGUAAGCCUAACGAUGAAGGGAAGUAUAAGGUUGUUGUAUCAAAUAUACAUGGAGAAGAUACAGCUGAAAUGCAAUUGUAUGUUUCGGAUUCAAGUGGCAUGGACUUCCGCGCUAUGCUAAAGAAACGUCGUUAUCAAAAAUGGGAUAAAGAACAAGAAGAUCCAAAUUGGGGAGAUCUUAAAGAGACAGAGAAACCUAUUCCCGCACUAAAAAAAGUUGAAAGGAAGCAAGAAUCGUUCCUGAGUCCAUUAAUUGACCAGUUCGCUAAGGAGGGUAAAGACAAAAAAGUCGUCUUUGAAGCCCGUUUUUCAAAGCCAAAUUGCAAACCAAAGUGGCUGUUUCGUAAAGAUGAAUGUUUCCCUGGAAGCAAGUUUAAAUUUAAAAACGAGAACGAUACGUACCAGCUCAUUAUAUCCAAUCCGAAAGUUGAAGAUACCGGCAAGUACACAAUUGAAAUUGGUGGUGUUUCGAGCACAGCAUUUCUUAACGUUGAAGAAGCUGAUCCAUCUUACACAUUUACUAAGCCCUUGAAGAAGAAAUUGGAAGGAUAUACCCAACAUGAAACUACUCUGGAAUGCUCCGUUAGCAGUAGCAUGGCUAAUGUCACCUGGUUAAAGGAUGGCAAGAAGAUUGAAUCGGACGACGCCAGAUAUCUUAUUUCCAAAGAUAUAAAUGGCAAUCUUAAACUUAUUAUCAAAGAGUGUGUCCUGGAAGAUAGUGGCGUAUACACAUGUCAGUUAGAUAAACAACCUGAUAAGACUGAAUGCAAAUUAAAAGUUGUGGAGUAUCCCUAUAAAUUUGUUAAAGUAUUAAAGUCACAGAAAUGCGUGGAAAAGGAUACUGUUACAUUGGCGUGUGAAAUAGACGAUGCCACAGGCGAAGUGCAAUGGUGGCGCAACGACGAAGAAAUUAAACCCGAUAAGCGUAUUCAAAUUAUAAAGGAUGGACGUAAACGUAAGCUUAUUAUCAAAGACGCCAAAGUGUCCGACUCUGGAAUGUUUAAAUGUACAACUAAUGCUGACAAGACUGAAGCAGAACUUAUAAUAAAUUAUCAAAAUCGGUUUAACAAGCAGCUUAAGAAUACAGACGCAGUAGAACGCGAAAAACUUAUUCUAGACGUUGAAUUACAAGACCAAACAGCACCUUGUGAAUGGAAAUUUAAUGGUGAACCUAUUGAGCCUAGCGAUAGGAUUGAAAUAAAAAAUCUCGGUGGUGGUAAACAUCAAUUAGUUUUUAAUAGCUUAGAAUUAACUGAUGCUGGAGACAUUUCUUGUGAAUCCGGCCAGCUUAUAUCAUCAUGUAAGCUCACAGUUCGUAAAGGCGAAAGUAAACCUAAUAUAGAUUGUCCGAAUGAAUUCUGUGGUCCAAUAUCUAGCCCUGUGAUAGUUGAGGUGCCAUACAAAGUUUCCGGCACAAAGCAAACUCCAGUUGAAGCCAAACUCAUAAAGGAUGGUAAAAUUUUGCCAAUAAAGGAUGUUGAAGUAGCAAUAACGGACGACAAAGUUACAUUCAAAAUUAAAAAACCUUCUCGCAAUAUGUCAGGUCUAUACCAAAUUAAACUUUCUAACGGUCAAGGUGAUGAUGUAAAAGACGUGAAUAUAAUUUGCCAAGACGUACCGGAUAGUCCGAACAAUAUUGACGUAACUGAUGUUUAUCAGACUUCGUGUAAAAUCAACUUCAGCCCCCCGAAUGAUGAUGGUGGAUCACCCAUUACAAAAUAUGUUAUUGAGAGACAAGAUCUAAGUAAGAAACAGGCAUGGGAGACAGUAUCAGAGGUGUUACCCACGGAACCACUUACAAAAGAUAUUAUAGAUCUUAUACCAAAAAAACAGUACAGGUUCCGUAUUCGUGCUAUUAACGCAAUUGGAUCCUCCGAGCCCGCAACAUUCAAAAACACAAUUUUAGCAAAGGAUCCAUGGGACGAACCAGGAAAGCCAAGGAAUGUAGAUUUAACUGACUGGGAUAAAGAUCAUGCAGAUCUCAAAUGGGAUGUACCCGAAACUGACGGCGGUGACAAAAUUACGUCCUAUGUCAUUGAGUAUAAAGAGAAAUUUUCCAAUGAUUGGGUCACCGGCAAAGAAGUUUCAGGCGAGGAACGUACUGGUACCGUAGACGGUCUUAAGGAAGGACAACAAUAUGAAUUCAGAGUUCGUGCUGUUAAUAGGGCAGGACCUGGUGAACCUAGCGAUAAAACUAAAUCCAUCAUUGCAAAAUGUCGAUUUGUCAAACCGUUUAUUGUGGGAGACGACCUAAAAAAUAUUACAGUUAAAAAGGGACAAACUGUACGCUAUGAAAUAAAGUACGAUGGUGAACCUGAACCUGAAGUUUCAUGGUAUAAAGGAACACAAAGAUUGGUAUUUGACAAUCAACGUAUAUGUUCCCACCAAAUGGAAAGAAACACUUCAAUAACAAUCAAAAAAGCCUUACGAACUGAUACUGGGGUUUAUAAACUAGUUCUCACAAAUAGUUCAGGAACUUUCGAAACACAAGCUCAGGUCACCGUUUUGGACCGGCCACUUUCUCCGCGGGGGCCAUUGGAACCAAAGGAAGUACGUGCCGAUCAUAUUACAGUUACGUGGAAACCUCCAGAAGAUGAUGGCGGUUGCGAAAUUACUGGCUAUGCAAUGGAAAGAAUGGAUGAAGAAACUGGCCGUUGGAUUCCUGCAGGUGAAGCCGGUCCCAAUGAUACUUCAUUUAACUUCAAGGGCCUUACACCAGGGAAAAAAUACAAAUUCCGAGUCAAAGCAAUCAACAAGGAAGGAGAAUCCGAUCCUCUGGAGUGUACGGAGCCUAUCUUAGCGAAAAAUCCAUACGAUCCUCCUAGUGCACCUGGAAAACCUGUUAUAGAUGAUUAUGACAAUAAGAGUGUGCUUCUGAAAUGGAAAAUUCCACCAUCUGACGGAGGUCGCCCUAUAUUGCAUUACGUUAUAGAACAAAAAGACAAGUUUUCUCCCACUUGGGUUGAAGUUGCCAAGACCGAUGAUGCGAUACCCCAAUGUACAGUCGAAAAUCUUAAAGAGAAAAUGGUAUAUAACUUCCGUGUAAAGGCAGUUAAUAAAGCCGGUCCAUCAGAACCUUCGGAACCAACUGAUAACCAUCUUUGCAAACACAAAAACUUGAAACCCCAAAUAGACCGGUCAACGUUUAAGCGUGUAACUAUAAAAAGCGGGCGUACCCACAAAUGGUCUGUGGAUGUUUCGGGUGAACCAGCUCCAGUUCUAAAUUGGAGCUGGCGGGAUAAUGUUCCGUUGACAUCCGGAGAUCGAAUUAAGAUAGAGCUUUCAGAUUAUCACACAGAUUUCACCAUAACAAAAGCUAUGCGAAAAGAUAGUGGCAAGUAUACAUUAAAAGCUGAAAAUCGUGUGGGAACAGACACAGAGACCGUAGAACUCAUUGUUUUGGGAAAGCCCAGUAGCCCUAGGGGUCCCCUUGCCGUUAGCGAUGUUACCGCUACAGGCUGCAAUUUACAGUGGAAAAAGCCAGAAGAUGAUGGUGGUGUUCCUAUAAAAGAAUAUGUUAUAGAGAAAAUGGACACCGCUACUGGUAAGUGGGUUCGCGUUGGCCGCUCUCCAGGAGAAAAGGAACCACCAAGUUUUGCAGUGUCAGGAUUAAAUCCUGGAUCCGAAUAUAUGUUCCGAGUAUCGGCAGUGAAUGAAGAAGGAGAGUCUGAACCACUAACAACCCUAGUUGGUGUCGUCGCUAAAGACCCAUAUACUGAACCCAAUAAACCUGGGGCUCCUGAAGUUACUGAUUACGAUAAUGAGAGCGUAUCUCUAAAAUGGUCAACCCCAUCAAAUGAUGGUGGUGCCCCUGUCGAAAAGUAUAUCAUUGAAAAGAAGCCUAAGAAUCAGAAGACUUGGGAAAAGGCUCUCGAAGUAUCUGGCGAUCAAUUGGAGGCCAAAGUCAAAGAUUUGCAAGAAUAUGAAGAGUAUCAAUUUCGUGUUAUUGCCGUUAAUAAAGCCGGACCUUCGCAGCCCUCUGAUGCCAGUGCCCCACAAAUAGUUAAAUACAAAAAACUAAAACCACGUAUUGAUCGCACCAACCUAAAACCACUGCUUAUUCGUUCUGGUAAACCUAUUAAGUACGACAUAAAUGUACGUGGUGAACCCGCUCCAACAAUAAUAUGGUAUCAAAAUGACAAAGAACUUAAAUCUGAGGAAUUGCCCUCUAACUGUGAAAUUCAGAACAUACCAUACAAUACAAAACUAUCCAUAACAGAUUCAGUUCGACAACACUCUGGAAUAUACAAAAUACGUGCAAUUAACGAACAUGGCGAGGAUGAAGCUACGGUUGAAGUAAAUGUUUUAGGAGCUCCGGGGAAACCUAAAGGUCCUUUGAAAGUUGAUAACAUAACAAAAGAUGGUUGUAAAUUAAAAUGGAAAAAACCUGAAGACGAUGGCGGGAAACCGAUAACUGCAUACCAAGUUGAAAAAUUCGACAAAAAACAAGGGCGGUGGAUACCUGUUGGACGUAUUCCUGGAUCAGAGACUGAAAUGGACGUAAAAGGGUUGCAGGAGGGUCACGAAUAUCAGUUCCGUGUUAAAGCUAUAAAUGACGAAGGAGAGUCUGAACCACUUGAAACUGAUACUAGUAUUAUAGCUAAAAAUCCAUUUGAUGUUGCUGAUAAACCCGGUAAACCUAAAAUAGAAGAUUACGACUCGCACUUCAUAAAACUUUCAUGGGAAGCUCCAAAACAUGAUGGCGGAGCUCCGAUAACUGGUUAUGUAAUCGAAAAGAAAGAUAAAUUUUCUCCCCAUUGGGAUGAAGUUCUGUCUACUGACUCGCCUUCCACAGAAGCAAAAGUUGACGGACUCGUUGAGGGUAACGUUUACCAGUUUCGAGUUAGAGCCAUUAAUAAGGCAGGUGUUAGUGAGCCUAGUGUGGCGUCUGAACCACAAGUGGCAAAACCGAGAAAUUUGAAACCACUUAUAAAUAGAGAAAAAAUGAAGCCAAUAAAGGUACGGGCAGGACAAACAGUUAAAUUCGACGUUGACGUAAAAGGUGAACCAUCUCCUACGCUGGUUUGGACUUUUAAGGAUGCAGAAGUUAUACCAAUUGAGGGAAUUCGUAUUGAAACUGAGGAAUAUAAUACAAAAAUAACAUUCUUCGAUGUUACCAGAAAAGAAAGUGGCACAUAUAAACUGACCGCUGAAAACAUAAAUGGACGUGAUGAGGCGGAAGUUGAUGUCAUUGUACUUGACAAACCAUCAAAGCCAGAAGGUCCCCUAGAAGUUAGUGAUAUUUAUAAGGACAGCUGCAAGUUAAAAUGGAAAAAACCGAAAGAUGAUGGUGGUGUUCCCAUUUCUGGUUAUGUCAUAGAAAAGUUAGACACUGCGUCUGGUAAAUGGGAACCAGCAGGCACAGUAGAUCCUGAAAAAACAGAAUAUGACGUCAAAGGCCUUGAACAAAAUCAUAGGUAUCAGUUCCGUGUUCGAGCAGUUAAUGAGGAAGGAGAAUCGGAUCCUUUAGAGACGGACUCAGCAAUUACUGCAAAGAAUCCGUUUGACGUUUCGGCACCACCUGGCCUGCCAGAAUUGGAAGAUUGGGAUGAACACCAUGUUAAAUUAAAGUGGGAACCACCAAUUCGAGAUGGUGGUGCUCCCAUAACCAGCUAUACAAUUGAAGUCAUGGACAAGGAUUCUGGCGAGUUUGUAAAAGCUUUGGAGACUGAUGGUCCUAUUUGCAAGGGCACAGUUAAAAAACUACAAGAGGGUCAACAAUAUAAAUUCCGUAUUAGGGCUAAUAAUAAGGCUGGUGCUUCUGAGCCAUCAGAACAAACCAAUUGGCAUACAGCAAAACCUCGAUUCCUUAAACCUUAUAUUGAUCGUUCCAAACUCACACCAUUAACCGUAAAAGCUGGAUUAUCCAUAGACUUGGAUAUCAAUGUAAAGGGUGAACCUGCGCCAAAAGUUGAAUGGUUCUUUAAAGAUCGUCCUUUAGAUAAUGAAGAAAUUAAAAUUGAAAAUGUUGACUACAAUACAAAAUUAUUUGUAAUGCGUGCAAAACGUCCUAUGUCGGGCAUAUAUACAAUAAAAGCAAGUAAUGAGGUAGGCGAAGACAUUGCUGAGCUUGAUGUAAUGGUUUUAGGAAAGCCUGGUAAGCCUAAAGGGCCAUUGAAGGUUGACAACAUUACUAAACAUGGUUGCAAACUCAAGUGGGAACCACCAGAAGAUAAUGGCGGUGCUCCUAUCGAUUAUUAUGAAAUUGAAAAACUAGAUCCUCAUACCGGUCAAUGGUUACCAUGUGGAAAAAGUUCCGAACCAAAUGCAAAAGUUACUGGUUUACAGGAAGGAAAGUCAUAUAAAUUCCGUGUUAGAGCAGUCAACAAAGAAGGAGAAUCUGAAGAUUUAGAAACAGAGAAGCCUAUUAUAGCGAAGAACCCUUAUGAUGAAGCUGAAAAGCCUGGUAGACCGGAGCCCACUAACUGGGAUAAAGACUUUGUUGAAUUACAAUGGGAUCCACCAAAGAGUGACGGUGGAGCUCCAAUUGAAAAGUACAUUAUACAAAUGCGCGAUAAGUCCGGUAGGUCGUGGGUCGACGCUGCUAUCACUCCAGGUAAUUGUACCAAUGGAACAGUGACCAAUGUUGAAGAAGGCCACGAAUAUGAAUUCAGAAUAGUGGCAGUAAACAAAGCUGGCCCAAGCGAACCAAGUGAUGUAUCCAAGUCAGUCGUGGCUAAACCUAGACAUCUUAAACCGCGCAUUGAUCGAAAAAAUUUGCAGAAAAAAACCUUGAGAAGUGGCCAACUAUUACACAUUGAGUCUAUAGUGAAUGGCGAACCACCGGCAGUAGUAACGUGGACAUUCAACGGUGAAGUGCUGAAAACAAGUGAUAGAAUUAAAAUUGAAAACGAAGACUACAAAACAACAUUUAUUAUACCAAAAGUAAAGCGGUCUGAUAAAGGCAUUUAUACGGUCACUGCCAAAAAUGAUUCCGGAACUGAUAUUGUUGAACUUGAGUUAGAAGUUUUAUGUAAGCCAAAAGCACCAAAAGGACCACUUGUGGUUUCUGACGUAUCUUCAGAUAAAGUUACUUUAAAAUGGGAGAAGCCAGAAGAUGACGGUGGUCAACCAAUAGAAAAUUACGUUGUCGAGCGUAUGGAUACUGAGACAGGUCGAUGGGUUCCCGUUUUAACUACGAAAAAUCCAGAAGCGGAAGUUACUGGCCUUACUGAGGGAAAAGAAUAUAUGUUUAGAGUGAAGGCAGUAAAUUCAGAAGGUGAAUCAGAGCCAUUGACCACGGAUGUCCCUACACUGGCUAAAAAUCCAUUUGAUACAGCAGACCCUCCAGGAAAACCUCAAAUUGUGGAUUGGUCUGAAAAACAUGUUGACCUCAAAUGGAAGGUUCCAGAUGAUGAUGGUGGAGCUCCAAUCACAGGUUAUAUUAUUGAAAAGAAAGAUAAUAAUACUGGUAAAUGGCAAAAAGCAUUGGAGACUAAAACUCCAGAAACUACUGCGCGAGUAAAUGAUUUGAUUGAAGGAAAUAAAUACCAAUUCCGUGUCAGGGCUGUUAACGAUGCUGGUGAAAGUAAGCCGUCAGAGGCCUCGGAAACUUUAUUAGCAAAAUGCCGAUUCGCCCCACCUAAAAUUGAUCGGACAAAUAUUAAGGAUAUUACUACUAAAUUUGGCACACACGUACGAUUAGAUAUUAAAGUAUCUGGCGAACCACCCGCUGUUAAAACUUGGUUCCAUAACAAAGCUCGCAUUGAAGGCGAUGAAGUUACAAUUGACUUAGAACCAUAUAAAACGAAGUUUACCAUACCUUUCGCAAAACGUUCACAUACAGGAAAGUACACAAUCAAAACAGAGAACGAAUCUGGACGCGAUGAAGCUUCAUUUGAAGUCAAUAUACUUGAUCGACCAGGUCAACCUGAAGGCCCUCUACGCAUUACUGAUGUUCACAAAGAGGGAUGCAAACUGAAAUGGAAUCCACCACUCGACUCUGGUGGGCUUCCAAUCGAUUAUUACAUUGUUGAAAAAAUGGAUGUUGAAAGUGGUAGAUGGUUACCUGCUACACGAGUAAAGGAUCCACACGCAGAAAUAAACAAUUUAGUAGAGGGACAAGAAUACAAAUUCCGUGUGGUAGCCGUAAAUACGGAGGGUGAAUCAGAACCAUUAAACGGAGAUCAUUCGAUCAUUGCUAAAAAUCCGUUUGACGUCCCCGGUAAACCUAGUGCACCAGAACCAGUGGAUUGGGACAAAGAUCAUGUGGAUAUUGUUUGGAAACCUCCAAUUACGGAUGGUGGAUCUCCUAUUACUGCAUACUCCAUUGAGAAGAAGGAAGAUGGAUCGGAUAAAUGGAUAAAAGUAUUGGAAGUGUCUGCCCCACUUCAAGGUGAAGAUUGCAAGGCAACAAUUUCGUAUUUAGAUGAAAACUGCAAAUAUGAAUUUAGAGUUAGAGCCAUAAAUGCUGCAGGUAGUGGGGAACCUUCCAAUGCCAGUAAAUCAGUCAUAACGAAACCAUCAAAACUUGCCCCCAAAAUUGAUAGACGCAAUAUUCAUACAUAUAACGUCAAAGCAGGAGAAUCAAUUUUAUUGGAUAUAAUUGUUGAAGGUGAACCUGCACCUGAUGUUUACUGGACUCAUAAUGGAAAAUCUAUUCAACAAUCAUCCUCGAGAAAAGUGGAAAAUGUUCCUUAUAAGACGAAAUACAAUAAUUCCAAUCUUGAACGCAAGGAUACAGGAGUAUACAAAAUCGUAGCUUCAAAUUUGUAUGGACAUGACGAAGUCGAAUUCCAAAUCAACGUUAUCACAAAACCAUCUAAACCAGAGGGCCCACUUGAAGUUUCAGAUAUUCAUAAGGAGGGAUGCAAACUUAAAUGGAAAAAACCUAAGGAUGAUGGAGGAGAACCUAUAGAUGAAUAUAUUAUUGAAAAAUUCGACCCAACAGAAGGAGUUUGGAUCCAAUGUGGCAAGUCAUCCGUACCUGAAUUUAAUGUUGAAGGCUUGCGGCCGGGUUGUGAAUACAAAUUCCGCGUAAAGGCUGUUAAUAAAGAAGGAGAAUCGGAACCACUUGAAACGCUCAGCUCUAUUAUAGCUAAGGAUCCAUUUACUACUCCAUCUGUCCCAGGAGCUCCUGAACCGACGGACUGGUCCUCGAACAAAGUCGAACUCACUUGGGCUGAGCCAAUAACUGAUGGAGGUUCGCCCAUUAUCGGUUAUAUUAUAGAAAAGAAGGAUAAAUAUAGUCCCAUAUGGGAAAAGGCUCUUGAAACAGAUUGUUCUAAUCCUAUAGCGACGAUCAACGGUUUAGUGGAAGGAAAUGAGUAUCAAUUCCGUGUUAUAGCAGUAAACAAAGCUGGUUAUUCAGAUCCAUCUGAAGCUAGCAAACCAUUUGUUGCAAAGCCACGUUUCUUGGAACCAAAAAUCGAUCGCCGUUAUCUUAGAGAUGUAACGAUAUCCGCUGGUUCGUCCCUAAAAUUGGAAGCUAAUAUUACUGGCGAGCCAGCUCCAAAGGUUGAAUGGAGAUUUUCGAACUGUCCUUUGCAAAACAGCAAGACUGUAACUAUUGAAUCACCUGAUUACUUUACAAAAUUAAUAGUACGACCUGCACAACGCGAAGACUCAGGAGAAUACGUUGUCACAGCUACUAACAGUUCUGGAAAGGAUACUGUUAAGAUAAAUGUUAUAGUAACAGAUAAACCGUCUGCACCUUCUGGGCCCUUAAAUAUUACAGAUAUCCACAAAGAAGGUUGCCAUCUAAAAUGGAAACGUCCCAAGGAUGAUGGAGGAAUACCAAUUGAAUACUACCAAAUUGAGAAAAUGGAUGUAGAAACUGGAUGUUGGGUUCCUUGUUGCCGGUCAAUUGAACCUCAGGUCGAUGUUGUUGGGCUCAAACCUGGUGGCGAAUAUAAAUUUAGAGUAUCGGCCAUAAAUGGCGAAGGUGAAUCAGAAUUCUUAGUUGGAGAUGAAUCUAUUAUCGCAAAGAAUUUGUUUGAUGAACCUGAUAAACCUCAAAACGUUCGUGCAGUAGACUGGGAUAAAGAUCACAUCGAUUUGGCAUGGAUGCCUCCCAGUCAUGACGGUGGAUCACCCAUAACUGGUUAUAUUGUUGAAAUGAGAGAUAAGUAUGGCCAUUGGGAGAAGGCUUUAGAAGUACAACCCGAUACUUUAAAAGCUUCUGUUACUAAUGUAAUUGAAGGACAAGUUUAUGAAUUCAGAGUUAUUGCUGUUAAUGCCGCAGGGUUAAGUGAACCAUCGGAAGCAACAAAUCCUGUUACGGCCAAAGCUCGCAACAAAGCACCACUUAUUGAUCGCUCUAAUCUAUGCGAAAUUCGAAUAAAAGCAGGCCAAUCAUUUACAUACGAUUGCAAAGUAUCUGGAGAACCCGCGCCAAAAACUAAAUGGCUUCACAAAAAAAGAGAACUUUAUUCAAAAGAUAAUAUUAAAGUAAAACAUGUUGAUUAUUAUACUAAAUUAAAAGUUACAAACGCUACACGGUCAGAUUCUGGUGUAUAUACAGUACAUGCUGAAAACGAAAAUGGCGUGGACUCCGCAGAUGUCAAGGUAAUUGUUAUAGAUAAACCUUCUCCGCCUACCGGCCCCCUCAAAGUCAACGACAUUCAUGCUAAUGGGUGUUCUUUGGCUUGGAAUCCACCUGAAGAUGAUGGAGGUCAACCAAUUAUUAACUAUGUCAUUGAGAAAUUUGAUGAAUUAAUUGGAAGGUGGGUACCUGCAGGAGAAACUGAUGAUAAUACCACAACUUUCGAAGUCAAGGGCCUUACUCCAGAUCAUAAAUACAAAUUCCGCGUAAGAGCAAAGAAUCGACAGGGAGUUUCUGACCCACUGACAUCUACACAACCUAUAGUUGCGAAAAACCCGUAUGAUACUCCUACCAAACCAGGAGUGCCUGUUAUAAAAGAUUUUGACAAGGACUACGUAGAGUUAGAAUGGACACGACCGGAAUGCAAUGGCGGUACACCUAUUACCGGUUAUAUUAUUGAAAAACGUGGAAAGUACGGUUCAGAAUGGGAACCAUGUGCACAGAUCGAAGGUGACAAUACCAAUGGUCGCGUUGAAGAUUUAAUUGAGGGAAAUACAUACGAAUUCCGUGUACGUGCUAUAAACAAGGCUGGUACCGGUGAACCUAGCGAUGCUUCGGCUUCACACGUAGCCAGACCAAGAAAUCUGCCGCCUGUAAUAGACAAAAACUAUAUGUUAGAUAUAAAGAUUCGUGCUGGUAACAGCUUUGAAUUUGAUGUACCUGUGAGUGGCGAGCCCGAACCAACAAAAGAAUGGUCUCAAGACAACAACUUUAUUAUAAAUACAGACCGUUUGAAAAUUACAAAUGAUAUUCAUAGAACUAAAUUACGAGUUAUUGAUGCAAAACGUGCUGAUUCCGGAGAAUAUACUCUUAUUGCUCGUAAUAUAAAUGGUGUGGAUAGAGCUACCGUAAAAGUUAUUGUCUUAGAUGUUCCUUCAAUGCCUGAGGGCCCACUUCGAAUCGACGAUAUUACCAAAAAUUCUUUGAAUUUGCAUUGGCGCCCACCAAGAGAUGAUGGCGGCUCUGAAAUUACGCAUUAUAUUGUAGAAAAAAUGGAUACAGAUGCUAUGCGAUGGGUUCCAGUAGCAGAGUGCAACGAAUGUCACAUAAGAGCAGAUAAUUUGAUUGAAGGUCAUGACUAUAAUUUCCGUGUUCGUGCAGUGAAUAAACAAGGAAUAUCACAACCAUUGCUUUCAUCUCAAGGUGUAACAGUUAAAGAUCCAUUUUCUCGACCAGAUAAACCCGGCCAACCACAGGCUGUUGAUUGGGGCAAAGAUUUUGUGGAGCUUGAAUGGCCAGUUCCAAAACGGGAUGGUGGUUCUCCAAUUAUUGGUUAUGUUAUUGAAAAAAGACAGAAGUUUGGUCAAUGGGAAAAUGCACUGGACGAUAUUACUCCUUCAAAUAAAGUACGUGUACCCAAUUUAAAUGAAGGUUCUGAAUACGAGUUCCGUGUUAUUGCCGUAAAUAAAGGAGGAAAAAGCGAUCCCUCUGACCCCACAGUGCCUAUUAUAUGUCAGCCCCGUUUUGUACCACCAUGUUUCGACAAGUCACUGUUAUCAGAUAUUACUGUACAUGCUGGAAAACACUUCGGUUGGAACUUGCCCAUUGUGGCUUCACCUGCACCUACAAUUACAUGGUUGUUUAAUGGAAAGGUUAUUGAACCUACCGAUCGCAUUGACAACCAAUAUUUCCACAAUGAAAUAUCUUUCGAAAUUUCAAAUGCAUUACGAAGUGAUGAGGGUAGGUACACGCUUUUAUUGAAAAAUGAACAUGGAUCAUUCGACGCAUCAGCACAUGUGAAGGUUUUGGAUCGACCUGGAGUACCUGUAGGUCCUUUGGAGAUUACUAGGGUUACCCGCGAAGGCUGUCAUCUUACAUGGAAUAUUCCACUAGAUGAUGGUGGUUCCCCUAUUCUUCAUUAUAAGGUAGAAAAAAUGGAUAUGUCGCGUGGAACAUGGUCGGACGUUGGCAUAACCAGUCACCCUGUAUAUGAUGUUACAAACUUAGUACAUCGCAAGGAAUAUCUUUUCCGGGUUAAAGCUGUCAAUGGAAUUGGCGAAUCGGAUGGUUUGGAAGCAGAUAAAAGCAUUAUUGCUAAAAAUGAGUUCGAUGAACCUGAUUCACCCGGAAAGCCUGUAAUAACCGACUGGGACCGUGAUCACGUUGAUUUAGAGUGGGCUGUUCCGAAAUCUGAUGGUGGAUCUCCUAUUACAGAAUAUAUUGUACAGAAGAAAGAAAAGGGUACACAACAGUGGGUAAACGCAGUACAUGUACCCCCUAAUCAAACUACAGCAACUGUACCUGAUUUAACUGAAUACGCAGAAUAUGAAUUCAGAAUUAUAGCUGUUAAUAAAGCUGGACAGUCAGAGCCUUCUGAGAGCUCAGAUAUGAUACAAGCCAGAUGUAGAUAUUUGGCACCUAAAAUUAUUACGCCUAUGCGUGAUCUUCGAACCAAAGCUGGUCUUAUACUUCAUGCUGACAUAUCAUACAUAGGAGAACCAAUUCCAGAAGUUUUAUGGACUCGUAAUAACAUAAACAUGGUAAAUACUGAGCGGAUAAGUGUUAAUACUGUUGGGUACCAUACCAUCAUACAUAUUGUGAAUUGUCAAAGAAGCGACUCCGGGCGGUAUCACUUGAUGUUGCGUAAUGACUCUGGCAUAGACGAAGGUGAUUUCGACGUUGUUGUUCUGGAUUGUCCAGGCCCGCCAAUAGGACCCCUACAAUUUGAAGAAAUUACAUCAAACUCUGUCACAAUUUCGUGGAAACCUCCAAACGAUAAUGGCGGCUCAGAAAUAUUGUCUUACAUUAUAGAAAAGCGCGAUUUGACGCAUGGUGGAGGCUGGGUUCCAGCUGUUACAUAUGUCAAUGCAAAAUAUAAUCAUGCAUUAGUUCCUCGCUUAGUUGAAGGUACUCAAUAUGAAUUUAGAGUAAUGGCUGAAAAUGCGCAAGGACGAUCUAGCCCAUUGACAUCCGAUCCAAUUAUUGCUAAAAAUCAAUAUACUGUCCCUGGAGCACCCAGCAAACCACAAAUUACCGAUAGUGAUCGAAGCUUCAUUUCCUUUAAAUGGUCUGCCCCCAUUAGCAAUGGAGGAUCUCAAAUUAUUGGAUAUGACAUUGAACGGCGUGACAUUCCAACCGGACGUUGGAUUAAAAUAAAUAGUGUUCCCGUACCAGCAACCAAUUACACUGAUGACCAUGUCAAAGAAGAUCAUCAAUACCAAUAUCGAGUGUCUGCUGUAAAUGCUGCUGGUAAUGGAAAACCAUCAGACUCUUCAGAUGUACUAUCCGCAAAACCUAUGCGGGAAAAACCACGUCUGAAUUUAGAUGCAAUUUUGGGACGUAAAAUAAAGCUACGCGCAAAGGAAACUCUUAAUCUCAAUAUACCUAUUUCCGGUGCUCCUACCCCAUUGGUAGAUUGGAAACGAGGUGAUUUUAAAAUUCCACAAAAUGUUCGAACUUCUUGUAACACAGAUAAUGAGAAUACAAUUUUGCGGAUAGAAGAUAUUCUUAGGGAAGACGCUGGUACGUAUACUGUUACUGCCUCAAAUGAGUUCGGCAAAGAUUCGGCUGAUAUAGAAAUUAUAGUCGUCGACAAACCUACUCCACCUGUUGGACCAUUGACAUAUAUUGAACAAGGAAAUGAUCAUAUUUCUAUGUCAUGGAAUCCUCCCAAGGAUGAUGGUGGUAGCGAAAUUGUGGGAUAUAUUAUUGAAGUGGCUGAAUAUGGAACAGAUCUCUGGCGUCCGGUAUCCGGCUAUUGUCCUCGAACAAAUCAUACUGUAAAGGGUCUUACCGAAGGAAAAAAAUAUAUAUUCCGAGUAAAAGCUGAAAAUAUAUAUGGCGUUUCUGAACCUCUUGAAGGUGCGCCUAUUGUGGCAAAAUCACCAUUUGAUCCACCAGGUCCUCCAAGUCAACCAAAAGUUGUUUCUUACUCUCCGAAUUCUGCAAGUUUGGAGUGGCAUCCCCCUGAAUACGCAGGUGGAAAACCUAUUACAGGAUACAUAGUAGAACGCAGAGAAAGAGGUGGUGAAUGGAUUAAGUGUACGCACUAUCCCACUCCAAAUACAAGUUUUACGGUACCCCAUUUGCAUGAAGGUGGUCGUUACGAAUUCCGAGUAAAAGCAGUUAACGAUGCUGGUCCAGGAGCUCCUUCAAAACCUUCGGAAAGUAUCACUGCUGAAAUACAAAGAAGUGUUCCGGAUGCUCCAGAUGCUCCUAAUACGGACCGAAUUACAAGAAACAGCGUAACUGUUUCAUGGCGCCCUCCAAGACAUGAUGGUAAAUCUAAACUUAAAGGAUAUUUCUUGGAAAUGAAAUCUAAGAGUUCGAGUUCUUGGGAGCCUGUCAAUGAACUUCCAUUGCAUAAUACGGUACAUACAAUUAAUAAAUUAAAAGAAGGCGAAGAAUAUAUGUUUAGAGUUAUAGCUAUUAACGAAAUUGGAAGAUCCAAUCCAUCGAAACCUUCACAACCUGUAAUUGUCGAAGAGCAACCAAAUAAACCCUGCAUGGACUUAGGAUCAGUUCGAGAUAUUGAAUGUCGGGCUGGUGAAGAUUUUUGCAUUCAUGUCCCAUAUAUAGCGUUCCCAAAACCUACAGCUCAGUGGCAUGUCAAUGAUAUCAUGCUUCAAGAUGAUGGAAAACAUUGUUUCCAAAAUUUAACCGACGAAGCCGCUUCAUUUAUUGUUAAAAAUGCAAGUCGUAAUGAUACUGGACAAUACAGAUUACAAUUAAGAAAUCCUUCAGGAUUUGACGCAUGUACUGUCAAUGUAAGGGUAUUGGAUCGCCCACGCCCUCCAACAAACUUACGUGCAGAGGAAUUUGCCGGUGAUGCAUUAACUCUAUACUGGCAACCACCAAAAGAUGACGGCGGUUCUCAAAUCACAAACUAUAUUAUUGAAAAGAAGGAAAAAUCGUCCUCAAACUGGUCGAAAGUCAGUAGCUAUUGCACUGUACCUUUUAUACGUGUUCGAAACCUAUGUGCCGGUAAAGAUUACGAUUUCCGAGUAGUAGCUGAAAACAAGUAUGGAAAAUCGGACGCAGCAGUUACAUCAGAGCCGAUACGAGCUAAAUAUCCAUUCGACGUUCCCAGCGCUCCCGGUAUCCCAACAUUUGUCGACUCAACGGAAGAUAGCAUCACUGUAUCAUGGCAAAAACCAAAAAGUGAUGGUGGAUCUCCUAUUACUGGAUAUGUUAUUGAAAAACGUCUCAUAAGUGAAGACAAGUGGAUAAAAGCAUUACAUACACUUUGUCCAGAUACAUGCGUUAAAAUUCCUAAUCUAAUAGAAAAUGCAGAAUAUGAAUUUAGAGUGGCUGCCGUAAAUAUGGCAGGCCAAUCGCCAUAUAGCACAGCCAGCGAUCCAAUAUUCUGCAGGCGACCUCAGCAUUCUCCGAAAAUAACUUCGGACUUAUCAAUUCGUGAUAUUAAUGUAAUAGCUGGUGAAGAUUUCCGCAUAACCGUGCCAUACACCGCUAGCCCCAUUCCAAAACCGUCAUGGGUAAUAAAUGGACAAGAUGUUAUUCAAGAUGAUCGUAUCACAUUUACAACUAAUGAAUACAGCACCGUGUAUUAUAACAAGUGUGCUAAACGUUCCGAAACAGGAACAUAUACCAUAACAUUAUCUAACAGUAAAGGAUCAGAUACUGCUUCUUGUUACGUUACAGUCUUUGAUAAACCAGGGCCACCACAAGGUCCAUUAACAGUGUAUGAUAUUACGCCAGAUACUUGCACUCUAUCAUGGAAAACGCCAUUAGAUGAUGGUGGAUCGCCAAUAACAAACUACGUAGUGGAAAAAAUGGAUAAAAAUGGAACAUGGACAAAAGUUAGCAGUUUUGUGAGAAAUAUCCAUUAUGACGUAAUGGGAUUGGAACCAGGUCACAAAUAUAUUUUCCGUGUCCGAGCAGAAAAUCAAUAUGGCGUUUCACCUCCGUUGGAGAUGGAGGACAGCAUCACAGCUAAAUACCAAUUUACAGUACCAGAUCCUCCAGGACAACCUAAAGUUAUUGAUUGGGACUCUGACAAUGUUACAUUGUUGUGGUCUCGUCCAAGUAAUGACGGCGGAUCACGCAUUCAAGGCUACCAAAUAGAAUAUCGCGACAUUGUUAACGAUUCUUCAUGGAACACUUAUGAAUUUUUAGUGAAAGACACUAAGUAUCAACUUUACAAUCUUAAAAAAGGGUGUGAAUAUGAAUUCAGAAUAAGAGCUAAAAACGCAGCUGGAUUUAGCAAGCCAUCAGCACCGUCAAGUAAAUUCAAACUGAAGGGCAAGUUUACAGUUCCAUCUGCACCAGGAACUCCACAGGUAAUUAAAGUUGGCAAAAGCUACGUUGAUCUUAAAUGGGAAAAACCCCACAGCGAUGGAGGUUCCCGAAUUACUGGCUACAUUGUGGAACGCAGAGAUGUAGGAGGAGCUGUGUGGGUAAAAUGUAAUGACUAUAAUAUUUUAGAUACAACGUAUACAGCAAUAAAUCUCAUUGAAAUGGCCGACUAUGAAUUUAGAAUUUUUGCUGUUAAUGCUGCGGGUCGUUCUGAACCCAGUUCAUGUACUAUGCCCAUUAAAGUAUGUGAAGUUCUAGGAGGCGAGAAACCAGAAUGGAUUACCCGACUACAGGAUAGAGUGGCACCGUUUGGAAAAGAUUUUACUUUACAGUGCGUUGCAACUGGUAAACCAGAGCCUACAGCUCGAUGGUUACGAAAUGGCAAGGAGAUUCAAAUGAAUACUGGAAGAUUUAGUUGUGACAGUAAGGACGGGGUAUUCCGAUUACAUAUAUCAAACAUACAAUCUGGCGACGAAGGAGAUUAUACUUGCGAAGCAGUAAAUUCUUUGGGAUUUGUACACACUUCCGGUUAUCUUCGUAUAGGAUCUCCCCCUGUCAUACAUAGAUGCCCUGAAGAGCUGUUCUUACCUGAGGAUGACAAUGCGAAAAUUAAAGUAUUUUAUGGUGGCGAUCAUCCAAUGAAUAUUCAAAUAUAUAAAAAUAAUGAAAAAAUCGUGGAUGAAGAAAAUCACCUCAAAAUAACGGUUUUCGAUGAUUAUGUUACAAUAUUUUUACAAGGCAUCCGUAAAUCUGAUGCUGGUUUAUAUGAGAUUGAAUUUUCCAAUGAUUCUGGCAAAGCAUCGGCACAAUUCACACUUAAUGUCACAGGAUUACCAUCAGCUCCAAUUGGACCAAUGCAAGUAUCUCACAUCAGUAAACAUUCAUGUUUACUUAAUUGGCGCCCCCCAUCUUAUGAUGGUGGACUACGUGUAACUCACUAUGUUGUAGAAAGGAAAGAUACAACUUCGCAACAUUGGAUAACAGUUUCUUCAUACUGUAAAGACACGUCAUUCAAUGUUCAAGGACUAAUUGAAAACCAAGAGUACUUAUUCAGAGUUAUGGCAGUAAAUGGAAAUGGCAUGGGUCCAGCUUUGGAAGGUGUUAAUCCGAUUAAAGCUAAGGCUCCAAUUGACCCUCCAUCUCCACCACAAAAACCCACAGUUACAGAAAUUGGUGAAGAUUUCGUACAUUUGGAAUGGGGUAAACCAGAAUCAGAUGGUGGAGCCCACAUUCAGGGAUAUUGGAUAGACAAGCGUGAGGUUGGAAGCGAUACUUGGCAACGAGUAAAUAUAACAAUUUGUAAUUGUACUCAAAUAUGUUGCCCUAACUUAAUAGAAGGUAGGCAAUAUGAGUUCAGAGUGUUUGCCCAAAACGAAGCGGGCAUAUCUAGAGAAUCCGUGAAUUCAACAGCCAUUAAGAUGAUUGACCCUAAAGCUGCCACGGCCCCUGUUAUUGUGAAACCACUACGAGACGCACAGUGUAUACAAAAUCAUAAUGCUCAAUUCACAUGUACUAUAACAGGUACACCAAAGCCAUCAGUUACCUGGUACAAGGGCGCCCGGGAAAUAACGAAUGGGGCCCGAUAUCGCAUUUAUAAUGAAGGAGAAAAUUACUUCCUUAAUAUAAAUGGAGUAUUUGGCGAAGACGCUGAUGAAUAUAUAUGCCGCGCCGUAAACAAAGCUGGUGCUAAAUCAUCACGUGCCGCCUUAAUAAUAGCAACGUCACCGAAAUUGAAUGUACCACCAAGAUUCCGUGGUACUGCAUAUUUCGAUAAAGGAGAAAAUGUCGUAAUUAAAAUUCCAUUCACUGGUGUUCCUAAGCCACGUAUACAAUGGAUACGAGAUGGAGAUAAAAUUGAAUCUGGAGGACACUAUCACGUAGAAACAAAAGAACGGCAUGCUGUGCUUACAAUCCGUGAUGGUUCACAGUUAGAUUCUGGCACAUAUAGGAUAACAGCAGAAAAUGACCUGGGUUCUGAUACCGCCGAUGUUGUUAUUCAAAUCAGUGACCGACCAGAUCCUCCUAGAUUACCAAUUAUAGAAAAUAUCGGACACGAUUCCUUAGCUCUCAGUUGGAAGUCUCCGGCAUGGGAUGGAGGUAGUGAUAUAACCAACUACGUGGUAGAAAAACGCGAACAUCCAAUGUCGUCGUGGAUUCGUGUUGGAAGUACUCGGUUUACUUCAAUGGCGGUUACAGGACUCACUCCUAGCAAAGAAUACGAAUUCCGCAUUUACGCAGAAAAUGUGUACGGUAGAUCUAAUCCUUCAGAAAUAAGUACACUAAUCAAAACUAAAGACUCCCUUAAUAAAAAACCAAGACAACGUACAUGGGAAAUAGAUGAAAGCGGAAAAAAAAUUCGUGGAAAGCCUGAAGGAAUUGUAAAGGAUUACGACUCUUUCGUAUUUGAUAUAUAUACAAGAUAUGUUCCUCAGCCCGUGGAAAUUUCUCGGGAAAGCGUUUAUGACAAAUAUGAAAUAUUGGAAGAAAUCGGCACAGGCGCCUUUGGUGUGGUACACAGGUGUAGAGAACUUAAAACUGGCAAUGUUUUCGCUGCUAAAUUUAUACCCGUCUCACAUUCAAUUGAAAAAGACAUGAUUCGACGAGAAAUUGAUAUAAUGAAUCAAUUACAUCAUCAGAAGCUUAUAAACUUGCAUGACGCCUUUGAGGAUGACGAUGAAAUGGUCUUAAUUUUGGAAUUCUUAUCUGGCGGUGAAUUAUUUGAACGUAUUACGGCGGAUGAUUAUCAAAUGUCUGAAGCUGAGGUCAUACACUACAUGCGUCAAAUUUGUGAAGGUAUUAAAUACAUGCAUGAGAAGAAUAUUGUACACCUUGACAUAAAACCAGAAAAUAUUAUGUGUCAGACUCGUAAGAGUAAUACAGUAAAAUUGAUCGACUUUGGUCUCGCAACCCGCCUGGACCCCAAUGAAACAGUAAAGAUAACGACGGGAACUGCAGAAUUCGCUGCUCCUGAAAUUGUAAAUCGUGAACCCGUUGGAUUUUAUACAGACAUGUGGGCCACUGGUGUUUUAACAUACAUUUUAUUAAGCGGUUUAUCACCAUUUGCAGGAGAUAAUGAUAUCAACACUUUGAAAAAUGUUAAAUCAUGCCAAUGGGAUUUCGAUGUAGAUGCGUUUAAAUAUAUAUCAGAGGAAGCGAAGGACUUUAUCAGGAAACUGCUGGUAGCAAACAAGGAAAAACGAAUGACAGCCCACGAAUGUCUUUUACACCCUUGGUUAUCAGGUGAACACGCAGAUCGUAACAAACAAAUUCAACGUUCUCGUUACCUUGCAUUCCGUGAUAAACUUAGAAUGAGAAAUAAAGAUGCCGGCAAUUACUUGGUGCCCUUGGGACGAAUUUCAGAAUAUUCAUCUCUGCGUAAACUUCUUAUGGAUAAAUAUAAGAUAUGCGAUACUACAUUUGACCGCAGACAAGCUGCUCCUCGAUUCGUAAUUCGCCCCUCUUCACAAUUUUGUUACGAAGGACAAAGUGUUAAGUUUUAUUGUCGUUGCAUUGCCACUGCAACUCCUACUCUGUCUUGGUCGCAUAACAAUUCCGAAUUGCGACAAAGUGUUAAAUUCAUGAAGCGAUACAUUGGUGAUGAUUAUUACUUUAUUAUUAACCGAGUUAAGUUAGAAGAUCGAGGGGAAUAUAUUAUUCGGGCAGAAAAUCAUUACGGAUCUAGAGAAGAAGUUGUUUUCCUCAAUGUACAGCCCUUACCUAAGGAACAACCAAGAUAUGUUCAUGAAUCUACCCCCGUACGAAGACGCGAACCACUUCCCUAUACAUUCUGGCAGGAAGAGUCCGAAUCAGUGCCAUAUUUCACAUUCCUGUUACGGCCACGUGUUAUGCAAUCACGUGACACUUGCAAAUUACUGUGUUGCUUAAGCGGGAAACCAGUAGCAUCUGUCAAGUGGUACAAGGAUGGACGAGAGCUCAGCAAAUAUGAAUAUUCCAUGACGCAUUCUGACGGCGUUGUUACACUGGAAAUUAUAGACUGCAGACCAUCAGACUCUGGCAAAUACACUUGCAAAGCUACAAAUUGCCACGGUACAGAUGAGACCGAAUGUGUCGUUAUUGUUGAAGGCAUUUAACC